AGCUGCAAGAUAUGCUUUCUACAACAAGGCAGUAAAUUCCACUGCCGAGCAGGUGAGCACAGUUUUUCCCAAACUCACACGCAACGCUGAAGAGACGUCCCAGUGACGUGCCCACAGCACUCCUCUAGCAGCAGUAUAAUCUUGAGACUUGCCCACCAGCUUCUGCAGUCUGUAUCUGGACUAACUGCAUCUAAAGUUUCAGGGUUUUGGAGUCUGGCCCGAUAUGCUGAAACUCUUAACCAUCUACUAGCUGGCAUAUCUUUCAAGGUCUGCAUUCGGAGACUGACCAUAAUUUAGAUGGAAGAAAGUGCUGAAUAAGCAGGCUUCAUUGUUCGUCAAGCAGCUGUCUUUCUCUUCUGCAAAUAAGUUAGAGGUGGUCAUUGGCUACCCACUGCGUUUGGAUACAGGAGAAGCCAUCUGCAUCUGAGUAUCCGGUUUAUUUUUGCUACAAAUAAAGCAUCAAACUGAACUUUAUAGGCUGGGAGCAGGCUUGCAGGGUGCGUAUCUUUGUGUGCUGAAAUAUUUCAGUAGAAGUUCUUGGGCUUGUGAAAGUAAUUUCAUCCCAUGCUGACAGCUAGUGGAGACUGUCUUGCUGCGGUCAUGGAAAGUUAAAGUGAGGGUAGCAGUUGCUCCGCCGAAGAAGAGCGAGAGGCUGAAUUCUGGAAUCUGCUUUCUCAACCACGUGUCAAGAAGAAGGAAAGGCUGACAUUACAUGGGAGAUAACUGAAAGCCCCCCUGGCUGGCCAUGCUGGCAGAGAGCUGUCUUCAGCACCUCACCAUGGUGCCGCGCUGUGCUGCCUAGGCACGCCUGGACCCUUCUGCACGCAGCAUUCUUUUUCUACACUGAAAGAAGAAAUCCAGGUGAAGAAAAAAACAUGCCUUUGUUUAGUAAAUCGCACAAAAAUCCUGCUGAGAUUGUGAAAAUUCUGAAGGAAAACAUGGCCAUAUUGGAAAAACAAGAAAAAAAAACAGACAAGGCAUCAGAGGAAGUGUCAAAAUCUCUGCAAGCAAUGAAGGAAAUUCUGUGUGGGACCACAGACAAGGAACCACCAACAGAAGUAGUGGCUCAGCUGGCACAAGAAUUGUACAACAGUGGCCUUCUGGUGACACUUAUUGCCAACCUGCAGCUCAUAGAUUUUGAGGGUAAAAAGGAUGUUUCCCAGAUAUUUAACAACAUCCUGAGAAGACAAAUUGGCACACGCAGCCCUACUGUGGAGUACAUUAGUGCCCAUCCUCAUAUCCUAUUCAUGCUUCUGAAAGGCUAUGAAUCCCCAAAUAUUGCCUUACGCUGUGGAAUUAUGCUGAGAGAGUGCAUCCGGCAUGAACCUCUGGCCAAAAUCAUACUUUUUUCGGAACAGUUCAGAGACUUUUUCAAGUAUGUGGAAAUGUCAACAUUUGAUAUAGCAUCUGAUGCUUUUGCUACAUUCAAGGACUUGUUAACGAGGCACAAGUUGUUGGUAGCAGAUUUUAUGGAACAAAAUUAUGAUACGAUCUUUGAGGAUUAUGAAAAACUCCUUCAUUCUGAGAAUUACGUAACAAAGAGACAAUCUUUGAAGCUGCUGGGUGAAUUGAUUCUAGACAGACACAACUUCGCCAUCAUGACAAAAUAUAUCAGCAAACCAGAGAACCUAAAGCUGAUGAUGAACUUGCUGCGAGACAAAAGCCCCAACAUUCAAUUUGAAGCAUUCCAUGUGUUCAAGGUUUUCGUGGCCAGUCCAAACAAAACACAGCCCAUCGUGGAGAUCCUGUUGAAAAACCAACCCAAGCUCAUCGAGUUUCUGAGCAAUUUCCAGAAAGAGAGGACGGAUGACGAGCAGUUCACCGACGAGAAGAACUACCUGAUCAAGCAAAUCCGAGACUUGAAGAAGCCGACGGCGUGAAGAACUCCGCUCGUUUUCCACUGUAGGCAUUAAUCUCGUUCGUCAAGUUCCUCAGUGUCCCUUAAACACCACAAUAGUGCUUGAGAAGGCACAGCAAGUGCCUGGGUUUUUUAUUUUGUCUUUGUUCCUAGGUGUCAAGAGUAUAGGGGUUUUACAUGAGAACUAAAAGAAAAAAAACAACAACCUAGAAUAAUAUAUUAUUUUUAAUCAAGACUAUAGUUAUUUAUGUCAGUUUAGAAUCCCUCUGUACUAGAAGCCGGUCUGCCAGAUUUCCGUGUGUGCUGAAGGAGGACAAACCUCUGUGCUUCUCUCUGUCAGCAGGCUCGUGCUGGGAGCACACAAAGAGCUCCUCCGGGCCGAUGCUUUCCCUCUGCACCCGUAGCUGUGACUUUGUUCUAGUGCUGCACACACACACGACUGUGAAAGAGUACAUUUGUCUCUGGAGUUAGCUGCAGUUACAGAUUCUGCUUUUUUCGGCCAAAACAGUGGGAGAUUAAACAGCAGCAGCAGUCACGUUUUUACUUUGUGUUCUUGUCUUUAAGCUUUCUUUAACCCUAGAUCAGAGGUUUUUCUGUUCAGUCUGUGCUGGGGAGAUGGACGAAGACACCCGGCCAGGCAGAAUCACGCACCGCAGGGUGCCCAGCGGGACGAAGGCGAGAGCAGCUCUCUUGGGGAGACGUGGCCUCAGCACAAGCUGCCGUGUGGCCCCGGGGAGAGCUGAGAGCACGGGCUGGGUGCUCCCAUCAAGCCGAGGAGCCGUGGAGCAGCCCCAAGGCUGCUGCUUGCCUGGUGUUUUCUCUCCCUGCUCAUUCACGUGUGGAUUCAGGUUCCGCGGCGGCAAUCAUUGCACUGCUCACGUUUGAAGUUGAAUAAGCUCUGUGAUCCAAACAGUGUUUCCCAGGUGUGUUGGGACAGAGUGGGGGUCUUCUGUUUUUCAGUGGGAAUGAAGGUGUUCUCUGGGGCUUCAUCGGGACGUGGAGUUUGAGAGCAAGGAGUGGAAACUGAGUUUUUCUUGCCAGCUGAAGUCCUGAGUUGUUGUCCUGUUUGUUGUAAAGCCGUCGUGCAGCCAAAGCUGGAGCUAAUGCUUCCUCGAGGAAGGCGAAACUGAAUUGUGAAAAUGGAGCAAGGCUUUUUCCUUCAUUAAAACUGUUGUAUAUUG